GCCGCGGGAGGGGGAACUCCGCCCAGGCGCGCAGAGGCGGGGCGCGCGCCCGGCUCUUUGUGCGGGAACAAUGACCAGCUGCUGCUGGUCUCGGGGCCAGACCCGGACGGGGGUCUCCGCCCACCGGCCCCCGCCGGACGCCUCACCGCGCGGCCUCGCCGGGGAGGACCCCGCGCGCCGUACCGGCCCCUGCGCGCACCCUGGCGGGCACGCGUGACGAGGGCGCCUGCGCGCCUCCGCGCCCGGGGCGGUCGCCCCUCGGACCCCUCCCCGCCCCUCCCUGCACAUCCCUGCCCGCCCACUCGCUCCGGCGGGCCGGGCCGCUGCGAGGGACCGCGCAGGCCGGCCGAGCGCCUGGGGCGGCCGGGCUGAGCAUGGAGCGGCGCGGCCGAGGUUGCCCUGUAGGCCACUGGCCUGGCCUGAGCCUCUGCCAACAUGGCCAUCGUGCACACUGUUCCAGUGCCGCUGGAGCCCUCUCCUGAGGCGGCCACCACCCCACCAGGUCCAGCUAUGGGCAGUGUGAGCAGCCUUAUCUCCGGCCGGCCCUGCCCAGGGGGACCGGCUCCUCCCCGCCACCAUGGCACCUCGGGGCCCACUUUCUUCCGCCAGCAGGAUGGGUUGCUCCGGGGCACCUAUGAGGCACAGGAACCUCUGUGUCCAGCUGUGCCGCCCCGGAAGGUCAUCCCUGGCCCCAGUUUUACCUACAUCAACGAGGACUUCCGGACAGAGUCACCCCCCAGCCCAAGCAGUGAUGUCGAGGAGGCUAGAGAGCAGCGGGCACGGAGUGCUCACCUCCGUGGCCCCCCACCAAAGCUCAUUCCUGUUUCUGGAAAGCUGGAAAAGAACAUGGAGAAAGUCCUGAUCCGCCCCACAGCCUUCAAGCCAGUGCUGCCCAAGUCUCGGGGGGCACCAUCCCUGCCUGGCUUCCUGGGCCCUCGCACAGCUGGGCUGUCUGGGAGCCAGGGCAGCCUGACACAGCUGUUUGGAGGCCCCGCCUCCUCCUCUUCCUCUUCCUCCUCCUCCUCCUCCUCCUCCUCAGCUGCCGACAAACCCCUGGUCCUGAGCCCCUGGGCUAGCGGCUGCCCAUCGGGGACGCUGUCCGACUCUGGUCGGAAUUCUUUGUCUAGCCUGCCCACCUACAGCACUGGGGGUGCUGAACCAGCCACCAGCUCUCCAGGUGGACACCUGCCCUCCCAUGGCCCUGGGAGGGGGCCACUGCCUGGGCCAGCUCGAGGGGUCCCUACUGGGCCCUCCCACUCGGACAGUGGCCGGUCCUCUUCCAGCAAGAGCACAGGCUCUGGAGGAGGGCGUGUGACUGGAGGGCUCCUGGGCAAUGGUCCCCAGGUGUCCCCUGACAACAGCUCCUGUGGGGACCGCUCUCCCCCUCUCCCACCCCCACCUCCUCCCCCACCCUCGGAUGAGGCCCUACUACACUGCGUCCUUGAAGGGAAGCUCCGAGCCCGGGAGGCCGAGCGGCAGCAGCUACGGGACAGUCUGGAGGAGAGCGAGGUCUCUGUGUGCCAGGCACUUGGCGAGCAGUCACGGCACUGGCGGAGGGAGCACGAAGCCCCACGGGAGGACUGUGCAGCCCAAGCCCAGCGGGCCCGGAGGACGCAGCAGCUGCUGCAGCUGCAGGUGCUCCAGCUGCAGCAGGAGAAGCGGCAGCUGCAGGAUGACUUUGCGCAGCUGCUGCAGGAGCGGGAGCAGCUGGAGCGGCGGUGUGCCACCUUCGAGCAGGAGCAGCGCGAGCUUGGGCCCCGGCUGGAGGAGACCAAGUGGGAGGUGUGCCAGAAGUCAGGCGAGAUCUCUUUGCUGAAGCAGCAGCUGAAGGAGUCGCAGGCAGAGCUGGUCCAGAAGGGCAGCGAGCUGGUGUCACUGCGGGUGGCCCUGCGGGAGGCACGGGCUGCCCUGCGGGUCAGUGAGGGCCGCGCACGGGGCUUGCAAGAAGCGGCCCGGGCCCGCGAGCUGGAGCUGGAGACCUGCUCACAGGAGCUGCAGCGGCACCGCCAGGAGGCUGAGCGGCUCCGGGAGAAAGCUGGACAGCUGGACAUGGAGGCAGCAGGCCUCCGGGAGCCCUCUGUGCCACCUGCCACUGACCCAUUUCUCCUGGCAGAGAGUGAUGAGGCCAAGGUGCAGCGGGCAGCGGCCGGCACAGGAGGCAGCCUGCGGGCCCAGGUGGAGCAGCUCCGGGGAGAGCUGCAGCGGGAGCGGCGCAGGGGGGAGGAGCAGCGGGACAGCUUUGAUGGGGAGCGGCUAGCCUGGCAGGCAGAGAAGGAGCAGGUGAUCCGCUACCAGAAGCAGCUGCAGCACAACUACAUCCAGAUGUACCGACGCAACCGGCAGCUGGAGCAGGAGCUGCAGCAGCUCAGCCUGGAGCUGGAGGCCCGGGAGCUGGCUGAGCUGGGCCUGGCUGAGCCGGCCCCCUGCAUCUGCCUGGAGGAGAUCACUGCCACUGAAAUCUAGGCACCAGCCAUGCAGGGAGCGCCACCUGGGACCCUGGGGUCCAGGGUCCUC